CACCAUUUGAAGAAAGAAGACUCGGCAUACACACAAAUGUUCGAGAUGAUUGAUCCGACACAUUAACUUGAGCAGAACAAUCUCCUUGAAAUCAUCCUUUUUCUUCCCAACUCAGAACAUACCUCCAGCAUCACUCCCAUCAACCCUUCAAACCACAAGAGGCGACAACAACGACAACACCAACCAUCUUCCAAAGAAUGGAGCAGAACAAUAUGGCUUUUCUACCACCACCACAACAACCAACAGCAUCCUCACCACCGCUGCACCUCAGCAGCGCACCCAGCUCCCCCCUCUCAACCCUCAGCCGCUCUCCCUCCCCACCGCCUCUUCUCUCAUCUCCCCAACACCAUCCUCCAAAAUUCAAUCCUCCAGCAGCAAGAUCUCACGACCAUCUCCCCGACUGCCAAAUCUGGUGCACAUGUCCGCGAAUCGGCCCUCCAGGAUUUCCCACGAGGCCCCGAGGAAGUCCGACUCAAAACAAGGAUUCAAUAACUUCUUCUUCUUCUGCUUCUUCGCCGAUCCAUCUCCCCGAACGAGUCCUCGCGGGACUCUCUCAACGCGAUCCGAUUUCCUCAUUGAGGAAGGAGACGAAGACGAUGGCGAUGCUGACGGAGAAAAAGCAGAAGAAGGAUGGGAGGAGGGCGGAUCAGCAACAGCGGCCGUCGAUCGGAAAGCAGCAUGGAGAAGAUCUGCCUUUCUCCUUCUUCUGCUUCUUCUCUCGCUCAUCACACGUCUUCCCAUGGCCACAGAAAUCCGAAAUCGAGCAAAGCCAUCCUGGGAAUUUCGGGAUUCUCCUCCGAGUCGUUGAUGCCGUUGCUACUGCUAUUGCUGCUACAGCUGCAGAGGCUCCUGUCGAUGCCGCUACUUCUACCUCCACCCGCGACGACCGCGAAGAAGUCAAUGGUGACGAGACGAUGAAGAUCUCCCCCCACGACAGGAAUCGCUUCCAUCGGAAUCCGCCCCCGGCUGCUCCUCGACCUCCCAUUCCACCCAGCGACGACGACGGCGACAGGAGAAAGCGUAUGGGAAAAGCCCUGCUCGCUUACCAUCAAUCAUCGUCGUCGUCGUUGUCGUCCUCCAUCCUUCGAGACUAGUCCAUCAAUGAGAUGAGAGACCCCCUUGUUUUGGCCGCCGUACUUUUCGUCGCUCUCGGCUCUCGUCUCUCGGCUCUAUGGGGAGUAGCGCGGUUGGAGGAUUGCGGGAUGGGAUGGGAUGGGAGUGGAAUUGAGAAUCGAGAAUUGGAUUUUGUUGCUAUUAAUAUUAUUGUUAUCAUUGAGGAUGAAAUAUGAGGGAG